GAAGGGGCCCCGCACGAUCAGUCCUCUCGCCGCUGCUUUCCGCUCACGGUGGCACGCGAGCUCGUGAAAUCGGCCUCGGCGCGAUUUUCUCUCGCUGUACAAUGAUGGUUUCUCGCGUACGAAAGUACUAAAACGAAUUUUUAACAGGACCCGAGACAGAGUGGGCCCGUUCAAAUUCGGUGAGGGGGGAGGGGUCUCGGUGAUAUUUUUUCUUUCCUUUCUUCUUUUGGACGUACGUCCGUAACGCCAGCACUACAAAUAUGUGAAUAGAGGAAAUUUAAGAAUCGAGAAUGCCGCUGUUCAAGGCGCGGGCCACGCCGGUAACGGAGAAAGCUGCGAACGGCGUGCAGUAUCACAGCCAUCACCAUCAGCAGCAGCAGCAGCAGCAGCAGCAUCAUCAUCAUCAUCAUCAGGCCGGCAAUGACAACGGUCAUGACAGCGGCGCGAGCGAUAACGGUACCGGUAGCCGUCCGGGCAAUAACGCUCCUUCUCUUCAGCACGAGCAGACGAGACAUCGGGAUCCGCAGCCGUCAUCAUUGGUCUUCCACUGUCAGCUGGCCCACGGCAGUCCCACAGGAUUGAUAUCGGACUUCAGUAAUGUCCGGGAGCUGUAUCAGAAGAUUGCCGAGCGCUACGAUCUGCCCGCGGAGGAGAUUCUUUUUUGCACGCUCAACACACACAAAGUGGACAUGACGGAGCUGUUGGGUGGACAAAUCGGCAUGGGCGACUUCAUAUUCGCACAUAAGAAAGGUCGGCCGAAGGAAAUCGAGCUGGUGAAAACGGACGACGCGUUGGGCUUGACGAUCACCGAUAACGGCGCCGGUUACGCUUUCAUAAAACGUAUCAAGGAGGGUUCCGUGAUCGAUAGGAUAAAAGUGAUCGAGGUGGGCGAUCACAUCGAGAGAAUCAACUCGACCAGCCUCGUGGGCCGGCGGCAUUUCGAGGUGGCGAGGAUGCUGAAGGAUAUACCGAAGGGUUCGACGUUCACUCUGAGGUUGGUAGAGCCGCAGAAGAACGGUUUCGGCAGCAUCGGGCCUCGUGGUGACCCUAAGAAGGGAAAGAAGAUCGGUUACGGAUCCGGCAAGGAGACCCUGAGAUUCAAGGCUGACGGUAGCGCGCAGAUCGUAGAGCAGAUUGACGAUGCUGCUGCGAUUGGCGUCGAAAAGAUCAACACUAUCUUGGAGAGUUUUAUGGGUAUCUCUGAUACGGAAUUAGCCACGCAAAUCUGGGAACUUGCCGAGGGCAAGUGCAACAGUAUAGACUUCGCCGAGGCGAUCGACAGCUCCGACUUGGAAGACUUCGGCUUCACCGACGACUUUGUGAUCGAAUUAUGGGGCGCCGUGACCGAUGCCAGAGCAGGCCGGCAUCGAUGACGCGAGGAUCGGGGAUUGCGAACAUCGAAGAAAAAAAACAUCGAAUAUUGGAAUAAUGAGACGAAGCUAUUUUCGAGCAGAUAAUGAUCGCUUUCUCCACAGAAAAAAUAACGUUUGUUCUUUCUCGUGUUACGAUCCAGUAGCCGUGUUAUAAUCCAGAGGCCUCACAGAGGCGCUUUUAACGCCAAAUAUGAUUUUUUUUCUUAAUUUUCUUACUUUUCGAAAAAAGAUUGUUUGAUUUGUGAACGUUUCUCAAAUUCUCAAAUGCGGCAAAAUCCUAUUUGGUUUUAAGUGUAGGCUGAAAUCUGUAAUACUCCGUAUCGUAUUGUAUAUUGUGUCAUAGAACAAGAGCGCAAAUUUAAA